CGUUGCCUGGACGACGCCUGCGAAGAUGGCUGCGGCGUCUUCAUCGGAUUCCGACGGCCGCCGAGCUGAGAGCGAUGAGGCCAGUUCGAAAUGGCUGGAUGCACACUACGACCCCAUGGCCAACAUCCACACCUUUUCAGCCUGCCUGGCGCUGGCGGAUUUGCAUGGGGACGGGGAGUACAAGCUGGUGGUGGGAGACCUUGGCCCAGGUGGACGGCAGCCCCACCUGAAGGUGCUCAAAGGACCAACAGUGCUGACUGAAAGCCCUCUACCUGCCCUGCCAGCCGCUGCUGCCACCUUCCUCAUGGAGCAGCAUGAGCCCCGGACUCCAGCUCUGGCACUCGCUUCAGGCCCUUGUGUCUACGUGUAUAAGAAUCUUAGACCUUACUUCAAAUUCAGCUUGCCCCCACUGCCUCCAAAUCCUCUGGAACAAGACCUUUGGAACCAGGCUAAGGAGGACCGGAUCGACCCCUUAACCCUGAAGGAGAUGCUGGAGGGCAUCCGGGAGAAGGCAGAGGUGCCUUUGUCUGUACAGUCACUCAGGUUUCUGCAGCUGGAGCUGAGUGAAAUGGAGGCAUUUGUAAACCAGCACAAGUCCAAGCCCAUCAAGCGGCAGACAGUCAUCACCACAAUGACCACCAUGAAGAAGAACCUGGCUGACGAGGAUGCUGUGUCCUGUUUGGUGCUGGGCACUGAGAACAAGGAGCUCCUGGUGCUUGACCCUGAGGCCUUCACUGUUUUGGCCAAGAUGAGCCUUCCCAGCAUCCCUGUCUUCCUGGAAGUUUCCGGCCAGUUCGAGGUCGAGUUCCAGCUUACCGCUGCCUGCCGCAAUGGGAACAUCUAUAUCCUGAGAAGAGACUCUAAACGCCCCAAGUACAGCAUCGAGCUGGGUGUCCAGCCUGUGGGGCUUGUCCGGGUACAGAAGGUCCUGGUGGUGGGCAGCACCCAAGACAGCCUGCACGGCUUCACUCACAAGGGUAAGAGGCUGUGGACAGUGCAGAUGCCAGCAACCAUCCUGACCAUGAACCUCCUGGAGCAGCACUCCCGGGGCCUGCAGGCUGUCAUGGCCGGGCUGGCCAACGGAGAGGUCCGCAUUUACCACGACAAGGCCCUGCUCAAUGUCAUCCGCACCCCGGAUGCAGUGACCAGCCUUUGCUUUGGCCGCUACGGGCGAGAAGACAACACCCUCAUCAUGACUACUCGAGGUGGUGGCCUAAUUAUCAAGAUCCUGAAGCGUACAGCAGUGUUUGUGGAGGGGGGAGGUGAAGUGGGCCCCCCACCAGCCCAGGCCAUGAAACUAAAUGUACCCCGAAAGACUCGGCUUUAUGUGGAUCAGACACUGCGAGAGCGGGAGGCUGGCACUGCCAUGCACCGGGCCUUCCAGACAGACCUCUACCUGCUGCGCCUCCGGGCUGCCCGUGCCUACGUGCAGGCCCUCGAGUCCAGCCUGAGCCCUGUGUCUGCCACAGCCCGGGAGCCGCUCAAGCUGCACGCCGUGGUUCAGGGCCUGGGCCCCACCUUUAAGCUCACACUUCACCUGCAGAACACCUCGACAGCCCGACCCAUCCUGGGGCUGCUGGUCUGCUUCCUGUACAAUGAGGCGCUCUAUGCCCUGCCCCGGGCCUUCUUCAAGGUUCCCUUGCUGGUGCCAGGGCUCAGCUAUCCCCUGGAGACCUUUGUGGAGAGUCUCAAUAACAAGGGCAUCUCAGACAUUAUCAAGGUGCUGGUUCUUCGAGAAGGCCAGAGCGCGCCCCUGCUGAGUGCCCAUAUCAACAUGCCUGUGAGUGAGGGGCUGGCAGCUGCCUAAAUCCUGGGCUGGUGUGAAAGCCCCUGCAGAGUCCGAGCCGGGAAGAUCCACCACUUCCACUGAGCUGGGCAGGUUCAGUGGCCCCAGACCCAUACCUCACGCAGCACUGUGCUGGGGCUACAGCUUCUCCCCUUUCCUCAGUACCCUUUUCUCAAUGCCCACAGCUGGGCCUACGGCAGCAGGUCAGUGAGUACCUAGGAGGCUCAGUCCUCCCUCAGGACCAACGCAGGCUUCAUUACACUGAGCUCCUGCUGCCCCUCCAGCCUCCCCAGCUGUUCCAGAAAGCACACUCACAUUCAGAGGAGGAACUCUGAAGUGGUGCAAGUAAGAUGAGAGGAUGUGCCCAGCCCUUCUCCUUUGCCACUUCCCUUAGGCAUGUCACUCCUCUCUUGUUGCAGGCCAAGGCCACAAUGGGGCUUGGGGCCUGGCCUGGGACAUCAGAGGUUUUUCUUGAGUGAGACUGAGCCCCUGGUUGCUCCCUAGGGCUCUGGUGGUUUAGUUGUCACCAGCUCAGUUUGCAGGCAAAACGCAUGCUCUGAUCUCUCCUCAUCAGCUGAGCAAGUGGCCCCUCUUUCCAUCCAGCAGGCCUAGAAAAUAGCUGCCUCCCCACAGGCAACUUUUCUGAAAUGUUGGACUCGGCCACCAUCUGAGACCUGUGAUGCUCCACAAGGGUUGCCAAGGGAGGAGGUGAUGCAGGAGGCAGAGGGUGCCAUGCAGGGAUCUGUGGCUCUAGCCCCACAUGAGCCCUAAAGACCACACGGCAGCUACUCCUGACUUGUAUGCUUGUGCCCAGAAGGAGCAUCCCAGGGGAGGAAAGCUGAGCUAGACAGAGCCACCCAGCAGGAGCAUUUCUGGGGCCCUGGGCAGGUGGCACAGGAAGCAGACACCCAGAACUGCCAAUCAAGAUGCUUUUCUGAGCCCUGGAGCCCAAAUCAGUUAUGUGGGUGGAAACUUCAUGGGCACUGACCACAGGAUGAGAGAAUUUGCUGGAAAGGCACAGCCCAGAGGCAUUGAGACCGAAGUCUGAAUGAAGGCGUGUGUUUAGGCCACAAGGGCCAGGGACCCAGCCCUUGGUCCCUUGUGAGCCCUCUGUCCAGUCUGCCGGGCCCAUCUUACAGGCUACCCUGAGCCGCUAGUGAGCCAGGAGCCCUGCUCCCUGAGGACCUCCAUCUUCUUGCAUCAGACCAGGUAUGGCCUAGUGUGUGGCAUACAGCUCAGGCUUUUGGGAAGUCACCAGAUCCCUCUGGGCUUCAAUUUCCCAACACGUAAAAUAAGGCAGCCUGACGAAAUUGUUUCAGCUCCAACACUCCAUGAGCUUGGCAGCCCCUCUGGAGGAAACGAGUACAGAAAAGUGACGCUUGACAGGAGUGACUGCAGAGUUUUGGCCCUUGAGGCCAAGGACUUCAGUCUGGCUGCCACUGCCAGGCAACAGCCUCUGUGCUCAACACACAGGGACUGGCAUGACACAGUCCACCCUGUCCCUCCUAAGGAAUGCAUCUGGGGUCAGGUUAAGAGAAUCAAAAAAAUAUAUAUAUGGGCCGGCCCCGUGGCUCACUUGGGAGAGUGCGGCGCUGGCGGUGCCGAGGCUGUGGUUUGGAUCCUAUAUAGGGAUGGCCGGUGCGCUCACUGGCUGAGCAUGGUAUGGACGACUCUGUGCCAAGGGUUGCGACCCCCUUACUGGUCAAAAAAAAAGAGAGAGAAUCAAGAGGUCUGGACCAAAGAAAGAGCCCUCUCCCCCACUCUCUGCACUGCCUGGCCACUCGCAGACACAGAGCAACUGGCUCAGGAUGGCAAAGGGUUUCUGGAUCAAGCCAGCUUAGGCACAGCCGGAACAAGCAGGAGGUAUAACCAGGAAAUGGGAAGACGUGGGGCAGAGGGACUGUCACUGUCAGAGAGAUUUAGCUUAACCAGAAGAACUUCUCAGAGAUGGAAGGGCCUGUCCUAGAAGAUCAUGAGCCCCUUGUCGCUGGAGUUGUGCGAGCGGAGGCUGGACUAUCAUGUGGCAGGCUCGUGUGUUGGGCCAGAUGACCUUACAAUUCCUUUCACUCCAGUCAAACUAUGAACUAUGUCAACUGGAAAAAAAAAGUCUGAUCUGGGUUAUCUUCAUAGGUAUUCAUAAUGACGAAAGAUGGAUAAACUGUUCCUACACCAGCACCUAACUUGAAUUUAUGUAACGUAAUACUACAGACCUGUUAAGAACUAUACCUGUACUGGCCAGCUGACAAUAUAUAUAUAUACACACAGGGGCUAGACAGUUACCUCAGUUGGUUAGAGCACCGUGUUAUAACACCAAGGUCAAGGGUUUGGAUCCACAAAAGAAAAUAAAUAUACGUGAACUCCACCAUGUGGACAAGCAUGCAUAAAGUGACAUGAAGCAAGAAACAGUGCAGGGUGCCCAGUGGACACACUCGUGACAGCUCCAGGGAAUUGUGUGCAUUAAGGAUGAGGAGAGUUGGCAUCUUUUUUUUUCUUUUUAAUAUUUAUUUAAAAGCCUGCAGCUACUUAGUAACAUGGAGUUAGGCAGUUUAUAAGCAGCAGCUUCUCGUUCCCUGCCACUUCUCCCCUGCAACAAUCACUGUCAGUUCUUUUAGCUAUUUAUCUUUAAAAUAUGCUUAUACUACUCCUGCUUGAUUUAUCAGUCUUAGAUAUUAUCUGCUGAUUCCCUAUUGUAAUAGAUGAGGCUUCAGCUCCCUGGUGAUGACGCCCCUCCCCCAUCCCCAGCUAUUAAGUAAAUCGAUAUUCACCCUGUAGAUUACUGUUUCUAUUACUAUGGGAAAGUAAUAGAGCCAAGAAUCGGGCUAUAAUUAAAUUA